GAGAGAGAGAGAGAGAGAGAGAGAGAGAGACCAGCUGUAUUUCCGCCAUUGGUAGGAGUCAGUAUAAGACGAUAAAUGUGCAGUGUGUGAGUGACAGUAUGAAGUGUGCGCAGUAGAGCCGUAGGUAACGGCUCACAGGGGCUUUAAACAUCACAUGCAGCCUCACAGAGGGCCCGAGUGAGAGCUGAACACACUGGAUUGGACUUCACAGGACUGGACUAGUUGAAGAAGGGUCCAUGGAGGAACUGGAGCCAGAAGAGCAGUUCCUGCAAUACGCGCGGAACGGAGAUCUGCCGGGGAUUCAAAGGCUCCUCAUGUCCACGAUAAAGGAGGAGACGCACAUCAACAUAAACUGCAAAGGUAAGAAAAAGUCUAACCUGGGAUGGACGCCUCUUCACUUGGCCUGUUACUUUGGACACAGAGAUGUAGUGGAGGAAUUACUGAAGGCAGGGGCAGAUGUUAAUUUGCCCAAUAAUAUCGGAGAUACGCCGCUGCACAAAGCUGCCUUCACAGGAAGAAAGUCAAUCAAUCAAUCAAUCAAUGAAUCACGUAUUGAUCAGGAGGUUGUCAUGCUGCUGCUGCACUAUGAUGCAUGUGCUACUGUCAUCAAUGGGACAGCACAGAUUCCUAAAGAUGUCACUCAAAAUCCAGAGAUCAGAAGCAUGUUAGAAGCGGCCGAGAGAACAGAGGAGAGAAAACUGGAGGAGGAACUUUUGGACGCUGCACGAGACGGAGACCUUUCAACUCUAACUCAGCUGCUCAGCAGGAAAAAGCCUCCAGACAUCAACUGCACAGAUCUGCUGGGUAACACUCCGCUGCACUCUGCAGCGUAUCGAGGCCAGAAGCAGUGUGCCCUGAAGCUGCUCAAAAGUGGAGCCAGCCCCAACAUCAAGAACAAGAAUGGCCAGACAGUGUUUGACCUGGCUAGUGAUACAGCAAUGAAGCAGGUCCUUGAGGGCAGCAUUCAUCGAGGGAUGACCCGCCAUGUCAAAAAGUACGAAGGACUCCUCUUGAAGAGCUCCAGAUUUUUUGGCUGGCGCUCCUGCUGGGUCAUCCUUCAAGAUGGGGUUUUAGCCUGGUACCCUAAACAGUCAGAUGCAGCUGCCAAUGUCAGAAGGCAAGGCUGUAAGUCCCUUACACAUGCUCAGUGUUUGAUUCGAGCCAAAGAUAGCUGCUUUUUUACCCUCAAGUGCUUCGAUGACAGCGUGCAUCACUUCAAAGUAUCACCUAAAAACGACCCAGAGGCAGCCAGAAAAGCAUGGCUGGACGCACUGGAGGAGCACUCAGCUUACAGCACACACUACUGCUCCCAAGAACAGGGCAGCGAGGAGGAGGAGGAACAGGAAGUGAUGUCACUCGGGGAGCUAACAAACUCACUACAGGCGGCAGAGGCCAGCCAGAAGAAACUGGAAGAGGAGGUGGCAGCGUUCCUGUCCUUGCUGAAAAAUGAUGGGCUGGCAGAAAGGUUUCCAUCCGCCAUACUGCAGAAACUGCAAGAAAUCUAUGAGUUGUCCAGUGAGACCACUUCCAGUCUCAGUGUCUGUCUCAGCGUCUUCUCCAGACAGGAAGGGGUGCGCAGUCUGAAAUUGGAGCAGGAGGUAGAGAAGAAUAAGAUCCUCUCCGAAGCGCUGCAGACUCUUGCCACGGAGCACCACGAGCUUGAGCAAUCCGUCGUCAAGGGAUCUUCACCGCGGAGUGCCCUCAGCGAGGAUGAGUUCCACGACGCCGUGUCUGAAUCUGACUCAGAGCUCUCCCUGAGCGGCUUUGAGACGGUGGCUAGCCAUUCAUUUGAGGAGGACGAGGAGGAGGACGAAGGCUCUGUCAUGUUAAGCAGCCCUUGCAGCAGCCCCACCAGCAUGUUGCAGGAGGAUCACCAUGGAGACAAGGAGGAGGCUCAACCCAAUGGGAUCACAAAGCAUAGGACCAGCUUACCUGCACCAAUGUUUUCAAGAAAUGACUUCAGUAUUUGGAGUAUCCUGAGGAACUGCAUUGGAAUGGAACUCUCCAAGAUUACAAUGCCAGUUAUUUUCAACGAGCCACUCAGCUUCUUGCAGCGGCUGACAGAGUACAUGGAGCACACUUACCUCAUCCACCAGGCCAUCACUUCCUCAGACUCUAUUGAGAGGAUGAAGUGUGUGGCUGCGUUUGCGGUGUCCGCUGUGGCCUCCCAGUGGGAGCGGACAGGUAAACCCUUCAACCCUCUGCUGGGAGAAACCUAUGAACUGGUCAGAGAUGAUCUGGGCUUCAGGCUUAUAUCAGAGCAGGUGAGCCACCACCCUCCUGUCAGCGCCUUCCACGCUGAGGGCUUGAAGCAAGACUUUGUGUUUCAUGGAUCCAUCUACCCCAAACUCAAGUUCUGGGGCAAGAGUGUGGAAGCGGAGCCAAAAGGCAUCAUCACGCUGGAGCUGCCCAAGUACAAUGAAGCAUAUACAUGGACAAAUCCUACAUGUUGUGUUCACAACAUCAUUGUGGGCCAACUGUGGAUUGAGCAAUAUGGAAAUAUGGAGGUGAUCAACCACAGAACUGGUGAAAAGUGCUGCCUGAAUUUCAAACCGUGUGGCUUAUUUGGCAAAGAACUGCACAAGGUUGAAGGGUAUAUUCUGGAUAAAAGCAAAAAGAAGAUGUGUGCUCUCUAUGGGAAGUGGACAGAGUGCCUGUAUGUCGUCGACCAUGCAGCCUUCGAAUCGCAUAAGAAAAACGACAAGAAAGUUGCAGAGGAGAGAAAAAGCAGCAAAGCGGGUUGCAGUGAGGGUCAGGAGGAGGUACCCACUCCAGCUGCAGACACUGUGCAGAUGAUUCCUGGCAGCCAGCUGCUGUGGAGGAUUGCACCUAGACCGCCCAACUCUACCCAGAUGUACAGCUUCACAUCCUUUGCAAUGCAACUAAACGAGCUGCAUAAGGAGAUGGAGGGCGCCAUUCCACAGACUGACUGCAGGCUGAGGCCAGACAUACGAGCAAUGGAGAACGGUGACAUUGACCUCGCCAGUGAGGAGAAGAAAAGGCUUGAGGAAAAACAAAGAGCUGCUCGCAAAAACCGCUCCAAGUCUGAUGAAGAGUGGAAGACGAGGUGUCCUGCCCUGGGUCCAAGGUGGUUUCAGCAGGGGCAAAACCCCCACACCAGCUCCCAGGACUGGCUGUUUUGUGGUGGAUACUGGGACCGGAAAUACAGCCAGCUGCCAGAUAUUUACUAAUGGUCAUUUCCUGCACAGAGAAAUUUGCAUCAUACAGUGUCCUCAGUACGGAGCAGCAUUAACAGUUUUUUUGUUUUUUUUAAUGGAAUAGCUACAAUAACUACAAAUAAUAUGCAAACAGUGUACUUAAACUGUGUGGCCUUAAUCUACUCUAUGAUGGUAAAACUGUGCAUAAAAAUGUCAAUAAUCAAUAUUUAAAAGUUGUGAAAUGUAACAUUUGUAUUUACAUUGAGAGGGGAUUGUUUCUGUUCAUAAUGGACUUUAAGCACAGUGGAGAGGUGCUGAUGCACAGGGGUUUGUGAUUUUAGUGUCCAUCUGUCUUCUUUUAAAUGUUCAUAAUAGUGUUUUGACUCUAUAUGUAUAUCUGUAUAUAUACUUUUCACAAAUUCAACCUUCAGUGACCUCAUCAUGUCGUUCCCAUUUCCUCUGGACUCACAAAACCACUAGCAGUCACUUAAAAUGAGGUUGAUGUGGAUGUAAUUUAUCCUGAUGUUUUUUGCCUUGUAAACAAAUGGAACAAAAUAUACUCACAAAAACACAGAGUAUAUAUCAAUAUUACACUUAUAAGACUUGUCUGAAAAUAGUUUAGAUUGUUUUGUCAACUGAAUUAUGUCUGUUGUGCUCAGUAUUUCAUAAAGCUCGUGAACUGAGCUUUGUAAAGAGGUUCAUUCAUAUUUUUGCUGAAAAACAUGUGUAUCAUAAAAAAAUAGUAAAGACAGACUACAUAAAGUUGAUUGGAGGUUAUAAGGUCACAUGAUGUAGAAACUACUGAAUUUUAAGGCCUUUUACCUCCAUAUAGAGCAUUGAAAGUAUUUUAUUGGAAACCGAAAUAAAACUCUUCAGUGUAUUCAUGUAUGUUUUUACCUUUCAUGAUGUAAGCUUAGGAUGCACAGAAGUUCAGAGAAAUCUGAAAAUAAAGUCUGAUCUCGUA